CAGCUACCCAUUUUUUGUGAGCCUUAGUGGAUCAUCCUGAGUAUCCCAUGUGAGAGACAAUUGCUUUAGCCUCAUUUUUUAAUUACUUAACUAGCACUUAAGCUGUAAAAGGUGUAACUAAAUACUUGACUCCGUGAUGUCAUAUGUCAAAUGCUGAUUUUUAAAAAUUCGUGUAAUUCUAUAGCUUUUAGCAAAAUUAACUCUUCUGAAGCAAAGCUCUCAUAUUUGUUUCUCAUCCUUACUGCAUAAGUCCAAGCACAUAACUGUCCCCUUUAUUGUAUGAUAAUUCCAUCUACAUUACUGUCCUGUUAUUACUUAACCGAGAUCACAGUCCCAAUCAUUGUCACAACUCAUGAAUUUUGUUCCAUUUCUUCCACAACCAGCCUAAUUUUACCCCUCUUCAGUGACAGAAGAGGCCUGAUCUAUGGUUGAACCUAAAUAUAUUUGCUAUUUCAGGUGACUUUUAGUGAUGUGGCUAUAGACUUCUCUCACGAAGAAUGGGGAUGGCUAGAUUCUGCUCAGAGGGACUUAUACAAGGAUGUAAUGUUCCAGAAUUAUGAGAACCUGGUCUCUCUAGCAGGUCUUUCCAUAACUAAGCCAUAUGUGAUCACCUUAUUGGAGGAUGGAAAAGAGCCCUGGAUGAUGGAGAAAAAUCUUUCAAAAGGUGUGACUCCAGAUUGGGAAUCAAGAUGGGAAAACAAGGAAUUAUCAACAAAGAAGGAUAUUUAUGAUGAAGAUUCACCCCAAACAGUAAUAAUAGAAAAAGUUAUAAAACAAAGUUAUGAAUUUUCAAAUUCUAAGAAGAAUUUGGAAUAUAUAGAGAAGUUGGAAGGGAAGCAUGGAAGUCAGGUGGAACAUUUCAGACCAGCAACUCUCUUCUCUAGGGAAAGCCCCAGUGGGGACAGUGUUUACAAAUACAAUAUAUUUAGAAGCACCUUUCAUUCAAAAUCUACUUUUCCUGAACCACAAAUUUCUGCUGAAGGAAAUUCACACAAAUAUGAUAUAUUAAAGAAGAACUUAUCAAAAAAGCCAGUUAUAAAAAAUGAGAAAAUCAGUGGUGGAAAGAAACUCUUGAAUUCUAAUGAAAGUGGGGCAGCCUUCAACCAGAGGAGAUCUGUUACUCUUCGCCAGACUUGUAACAGAGAGAAAAUCUAUACAUGCAGUGAAUGUGGGAAAGCCUUUGGCAAACAGUCAAUCCUUAAUCGCCACUGGAGAAUUCACACAGGAGAGAAGCCCUAUGAAUGUCGUGAAUGUGGGAAGACUUUUAGCCAUGGCUCAUCCCUUACACGACAUCAGAUAAGCCAUAGUGGAGAGAAACCUUACAAAUGUAUUGAAUGUGGGAAGGCCUUUAGCCAUGUCUCAUCCCUUACUAACCAUCAGAGCACUCACACUGGAGAGAAACCAUAUGAAUGUAUGAACUGUGGAAAGUCUUUUAGUCGUGUUUCCCAUCUCAUUGAACAUCUAAGAAUUCAUACUCAAGAAAAACUCUAUGAGUGUCGUAUAUGUGGAAAGGCUUUCAUUCAUAGGUCAUCUCUCAUUCACCAUCAGAAAAUCCAUACUGGAGAGAAGCCUUAUGAAUGUAGUGAAUGUGGGAAAGCUUUCUGCUGUAGCUCACACCUUACUCGACAUCAAAGAAUUCACACUAUGGAGAAACAAUAUGAAUGCAACAAAUGUCUGAAAGUCUUUAGUAGCCUCUCAUUUCUUGUUCAGCAUCAGAGUAUUCAUACUGAGGAAAAACCCUUUGAAUGUCAGAAGUGCCGGAAAUCCUUUAACCAGCUUGACUCACUGAAUAUGCAUUUGAGAAAUCACAUUAGAUUGAAACCUUAUGAAUGCAGUAUAUGUGGGAAAGCCUUCAGUCACAGGUCAUCCCUGCUUCAACAUCACAGAAUUCAUACUGGAGAGAAACCUUAUGAAUGUAUUAAGUGUGGGAAGACCUUCAGCUGUAGUUCAAACCUUACUGUCCAUCAGAGAAUUCAUACUGGAGAAAAGCCAUAUAAAUGUAGUGAGUGUGGGAAAGCUUUUAGCAAAGGCUCAAAUCUUACUGCUCAUCAAAGAAUACAUGAUGGAGAGAAACCCAGUAGUGUGGUAAGUGUGGAGAAGCCUCUAGACCAUAUGAAUCAUUAUAUAUGUGAGAAAUCUUACAGAAGAGAAACUACAUGAAGUAGUAUUUAACAUGGUAAAUUUCAUUCAUAGAGUCUCCCUUAUUUAACAUCAGAAAAAUUUAUACUCGGGAAAGACUUAUGAAUGUAGUGAAUAUAGGAAGACUUUUAGCAAAGAUGUAGACCAUUUUGUUUAUCAAAGUUUACACUGUAGAGAAAUCAUAUGAAGACCAUAAAUGUAGGAAAGCGUUUGUCAGUAUUAAUCCCUUAAUUGACAUAAGUAUACUCAUACUAGGAGAAAACCAUGUACAUUUAGCAAAUACGGGAAAUACUAUAGGCAAUAGGAAUCUCCUACAAACACCUACAGGAGAGAAGCUCUAUGGAUGUAGAAAAUUUGGAAAUUGAGAGAACUCUUUAGUUCCAAGUGCACCCCUUAUUCUAGAGCAGAGAACUGAAACUGGAGAGAAAUCUUUUAAGAGACGUGGCAAAGUCUUCACUGAGAGUGUUUGUCUUGCUAGACAUCAGAAGAUUAAUGGUAGAACAACCCGAAGGGUUUAGGAAUUAUGUGUAAAUAUUUGCAGUGAUGAUAUUUGUAAACUGGAUUUUACAGGUGAGCAAAUAAACAUAUAAUUAAAUAUG